AUGCCUGUGGUAUGUAAAGCUGACGCUUUGCACCAGGCUUCCAAGGAAGCCUUGCCAGUCCUUCAAGACCAAACAUCAAUAUCAAAGAUUGCCCAAUCGAACGAGGACAAGAAGAGCUGGGUCUAUACCUGUGAGCUAGAGGACGAUACGUGUGGGAACAAAAAUACUUGCGGAUGUGGGAAGUUGGAGGAUGGACAUACAGCACAUAAGUGGGUCGUGACGAAGAAAUAUCAUGAGCUGGCAACGAAAUUGAUAGGUCAGAAGGAAAGCGUCCAAGACGCUUUCGGCAUGUACAUCUUCAAUGACUGA